AUGGCCCUCCUUGAAGCCUUGCGCGUGCCUUCAGAUGGCUUCCUUGCUCAGUUCUCGGGACGCCUGGCGUCGUAUCUGCUGAGUGGACGUGCUGCGGGGCGCAAGCAGAUCUGCCUGCAUGGGAGUCUAAACGGCUCCGUGGUGUUGCUGCCCGUCUAUUCGCCGCGGCGCCCCUGGCGCUGGUCCAGUGGCGACAUGCCCACGGGCUCAGAGUUGUCAGCGGCGCGACUGAGUCUGGUGGCGAUGUUGGCAACCUGGCGUGCUGGAGGCACUGUCGCCCCUGUGACGCCGGAGUUAUUGGAGCCCGCCAAGGACCAAGAAGGUCGUUUGCUGAUUCCUGAGCUCCGAUGGGAAAGCCGAGAAGUGCCUAGUGUCUUACAGCAAUGGCAGCCCAGUUUGAUCCUAUCCUUUGGUGCCCUGGACGACGUCUUCAGCCGCUCUGUAGCGCCUGGUGGCUGGCUACGGCGGGUGGAAUGCCUGCGGCUGAAGCUGCAGCUCGAGGGAGCUGAUGGAAGGUCCUUGAGGGUCAGCUCGGCGAGCUCGGCACCCUUCAAGAACGAUGUGGCGCUGGAUCUCUCAGAUGUGGCGAUCAGUUUGGCGAAUGGCCACCAGGUCUCCUUUGAGGAUUUGUUCACGGCUGUGGAGGACCCGGCAGGUCAUCUCCCCACCGGGGACGACGCCACGAACCUCGUGCGCCUGCUGCGCCUGGCGCCGCGGCGCUUCCCCCGGCGCCACAACGCCGGCGUCGCCCCGCGGAUCCAACGAAGGGCGCCGCGGGCCACGGAGUGGACGGCGGUGGAUGCCUUGGAUCCAACGAGACAAGGGAGGACCUUGGAUGGUGAAGUCUACUACUGGAACCGCGCCACCAACGAAACCACCUGGCAGCGGCCCUGGGGGGGUCGUCGCUCCUCCGCGCGCUCCACGGCCUGGCAGCGGGCGACCGCCACUGGGGCGCGGUGUCGCCCGCGCCAGCGACGCGGAGAGCGGCGUCGGUUGGGCUUGAGCCUGGAAUUGCUGGGUCAGGGAACGAUCCGAAGACAACUUCGAAUCCGCGAAAGGGCCCUGAAGUCCCACCGGGGCCCAUGCUUCACCGAACCGGAAGCCACCGAACGACGCCAUUGUGGCGAAGUCAAUCCAUUUGAGAUGUCGUUUUUGAGGCUGGCCAUCGGCUGUUUGCUGUGGUGCAGCCAAGGUGAGUUGGCCUGGGACAAUCCCAUAGAAGAGCUGGAAAUCCAACGACUCCAGCUCCUGCAGAUUCAGAUCGGCUUCGUAGGGCCAGAUGAUCAGGAUCCCAAUAUCAUUCGACCGAAGCCCAAGAAAAAGUCGGCGGUAGCCUAUGAGCCGUAUCGACCACGGCUGGCGGAUCAAGCCUUCAUCCCAAGCGUGGCCUUUCUGUUGGGCGUCGCCACCUUCACCUUGGGACACAAGACCUUAGGCAUGCUGGCGGUGUACUUUGCCGGGCAAUCUAGCUUCGCUCUGUACAUGAAGCUGGUCCUGUCAGAGGAAACCAUCUCCAGAGAGCUGAAUUUGAGGGGAAUGCCUGCUGCUUUUCUGGUCACAGCCAUCCAACAAGUCGUGGCUUUCUGUGCUUUGGGACUGGGGAUGUUGGUGCUGCAUUUUUCACCUCAUCCCUAUGUGCCUCGAAAACUAACGACUCUCAACGAAGUCCUGGCGGUGCUGUUCUUUGCUUUGGCCGUGGCAGUGAACAUUGGCCUCAACAACUUCAGUAUGUCACUGUUGCCUGUCUCUCUGAAUAUGGUGAUUCGCUCCUGCAUUCCAUUGGUGACACUGCUUCUGCAGCAACUGGCGCGAGGCUUACAACUUUUGGACACCACCCCAGCCACCUGUUGGGACGCCUUGGUGAUGUCAGUGGGCGUGGCCGGCGCCGCCAUCACGGCACUGGCGGAGAGUGAAACGAAGAAUGAGGAAACGCAGCAGGGCCAUUUGGGGAUUGGUGUGCUGAUGUGUUGUUUGGGCGACAUUGCUGCAGCCACCACUCUGGUCUUGGCAGCUGCCUUCAGCUCCACAUUGAAGCCGCCAUUGUCACCCCUUGAUACGGUCUUCUACACAGCUUUACCCUGCGCUCUGGCACUCCUUCCUGCGUCUUUGUACGCCUCGCAUCCCAUCAACUGGCCCAAUGCUGGAACACUGACGGAUUGGGAGGUGUAUCAACGAGUUCAUCAGUUGAAUCCAGGGACCAUUCUCUUGGUGAUUUUCUCGGGCGUGGUCUCAGCAGGAUAUAACUUCAUUCAGUACACCGUGGUGCAGACUUUGUCGGCGAGCCAUGCGGCCUUUGCGGGCAACUUCAACAAAGCCGCCACCAUUUCCUUGUCAAUCUUUUUGGGACUGGAACUCCUACCAGGAGGCCAAUGGAGCUAUGUGAUGGUCCUGGGAAUCUGUGGAAACAUCGUGGCCUUUACCACCUGGAGCUACAUGCAAGCCAUUCGCGCGCCAAAGAACGUGGAGAAUGGUGAUUUGCGCUGAAUCCGCGAUUAAAAAAAUGGACGGCUGCGACGUGGAUAAUUC